UUGGCCACCAUGUCGACACACUUUUGUGUCUUCCUGCACAGUUUUUCGUUUCCCUGCAGGGACUCUUGUUCCGGAAUGUUGUGAGGACACCAAAAAUGUUUCGGAAAGACAUCGACCGAACAUCUCGCUGCGGGGGAUUCGUUGCGGACGGAAACAAGACUUUCUGUGCGUGCUGGUCGUGUGAUCUGCCGGCGCUAAACUUCACCAUGCGAGGACGGAGCCCGGUCUCUCAAAGCCAGAAGCGGGGACGUGACGGCGCCUCCUCCUCUGACUGCCAUCUCCUCGCAAGGUUCCUCCUGGUGCUCCUGACCUCGCUGUGUGUGCUCCCGCGCCCGGGCCGGGGGGCCCUGUUUCGGGUCGGGGUGGUGGGCCCCUGGGAGUGUGACCCCAUCUUCGCCAAGGCCCUGCCCGACGUGGCGGCCCAGCUGGCUGUCAACCACAUCAACAAGGACCCCUCGCUGUCCUACGCUGCCACUUUUGACUACGUCGUGCUGCACGAGCCGUGUGAGACCUCGAGAGCUCUGGAGAGGUUUUUGGCUUUCCACACCAAAGCCUCAGCUUACGUCGGACCAGCCAACCCGGGAUACUGCGAUGCUGCCUCAAUGCUGAGCAAGGGCUGGAACAAAGCUUUGUUUGCAUGGGGCUGCGUGGGCUACGAUUUGGACCGCGUCCGGAGACACCCGACCUUCGCCCGCUCCAUGCCCAGGCCCACCUGGGUGCUGUUACGGAUGAUGAGAUACUUCAGGUGGGCUCACGUCGGCAUCAUCGCCGCCUCGGACGACAUCUGGGUGGAGACGGCGACCAAGGUGGCCGACUCCCUCCGGGCCCACGCUCUGCCUGUGAGACUGGUGAGCAUUAUGAAGAACACGCCUCACGGCAUCAAGAGGACUCUGGCUAAAGUUCGCAAGAUGAGAGAAAUACGAGGUGUGAUCUUUCUGGUUUUCGACUGUUUGGACUUCCCGAAUCUAAAGCUUGUUUGGUGUCCUCAAGUGCUGAUCCUCUGCAUGCACUCGGCGCUGAUUGGCGGCGAGCUUCAGAAGCUGCUGUUGGAGACGGCGCACGACAUGCAGAUGAUUGACGGCUCCCUGGUGUUCGUGCCGUAUGACGCGCUUCUCUACAGCCUGCCGUACCGUAACGUGAGCCAUCCGGCCCUGAGGAGCAACCGCAAACUGCGGCGGGCCUACGACGCCGUGCUCACCGUCACCGUCGACUCGCCCCGGGCGUCGUUCAUGGAGGCCUACGGGGAGGCCGUGGAGAAGGGAGAGCUGGCCGCGACGCUCAAACCCCAGCAGGUGUCUCCCCUCUUCGGCACCAUCUACAGCUCCGUGGUAUUCGUUGCUCACGCCGUGCAGCGGGUUCGACUUUCCAAGGAGUGGCUGUCCGGUGGGAAUGUAGCGCAACAAGUGCGCGACCACAACUUUGAGGGCUUCAGCCAUCCCAUGAAAUCGGAUGCUUCCGGAAGCGUUUUAUUGGAUUAUAUCAUACUCGACACAGACGGACAUUCCUCUGAGCUGAUGCCGACACACAGGCUCGACACGGAGUCCGACUCGGUGCGCUUCCUGGGUCGAGACGUUCACUUUCCUCGCGGCUCCGGACCUGGACGGGACGCCCAGUGCUGGUUCACUCCAGGUGUCAUCUGCUCAGCGGGUGUGGAUCUUUUUUCUACCGUUAGCGUUGUGCUCGGCGGCAUUGGCACCUGUGUGCUGACCGCGGUGCUGAUUUACUUUGUGCGGCGACGUGUCAACCAGAUCCAGCUGGUCAGGGGCCCGAACAAGAUCCUGCUGACACUAGCGGAUGUCACCUUUAUCAACCCAUCGCUUAGCGACAAGAAGCUGAGCCUGGACGACAGCCGGGCCACCGGGACGAAGAGCGUGUCGGAAAGCAGCGUCAUGUCGCCCGCCUCCACCCGAUCACCCGCCACGUACGACAACUCCAACGUCGUCAUUUACCAGGGGGACUGGGCGUGGCUCAAGAGACUUCCCUCUGGCUCGUUUAGCAGCAUCAACCCCAAAACGAGUGACUUGUUUGAGCUGAUGAAGGACAUGCGACACGAGAACGUCAACCCUUUCCUGGGCUUCUUCCUCGACUGCGGCGUGUUUGCCAUCGUGACCGAGUUUUGCUCCAGGGGGAGCCUGGAAGAUCUGCUCCUGAACGACGACGUCAAGCUGGACUGGAUGUUCAAGUCCUCCCUGCUGCUGGAUUUGAUCAAGGGUAUGAAGUACCUCCACCACUGCGGCGUGCCUCACUCCCAUCUGAAGUCUCGGAACUGUGUGGUGGACGGGCGCUUCGUGUUGAAGAUCACGGACUACGGUUACAAUGAGGUUCUGGAUGCUCAGAGGUUCCACUACAUGGAACCACCCGCCGAUGAGUUACUGUGGACGGCUCCGGAGCUCCUGAGAGGCCCUCAGCCAGGCCUCCGCGGGACGCUGCCCGGUGACGUGUACAGCUUCGCCAUCAUCACGCAGGAGGUGGUGAUCCGAGGGCCUCCCUUUUGCACGCUGGAUCUGUCGGCCGCAGAAGUGAUCGAGAAGCUGCGCAAACCGCCUCCUCUGUGUCGCCCGCUGGUUAGUUUGGACUGCGCGCCGUUAGAGUGCAUCCAACUGAUGAAGCAGUGCUGGAACGAACAGAUGGAAAAGAGACCCACGUUCGAGGAGAUAUUUGACAAGUUCAAGGACAUCAACAAGGGCAAGAAGACCAACAUCAUCGACUCCAUGCUGCGGAUGCUGGAGCAGUACUCGUCCAACCUGGAGGAGCUGAUCCGAGAGCGAACCGAGGAGCUGGAGAUCGAGAAGCAGAAGACGGAGAAGCUCCUGACGCAGAUGUUGCCUCCCUCCGUGGCAGAAGCCUUGAAGGUGGGCGGUACUGUGGUGCCCGAGUAUUUCGACAGCGUGUCUCUCUAUUUCAGCGACAUCGUGGGCUUCACCACCAUCUCGGCCGCCAGCGAGCCAAUCGAGGUGGUCGACCUGCUCAACAGCCUCUACACCCUCUUCGACGCCAUCAUCGGCAACCACGACGUUUACAAGGUGGAGACUAUCGGCGACGCCUACAUGGUGGCGUCGGGCGUCCCCGUCCCCAACGGCAAGCGGCACGUGGCGGAGAUUGCCAACAUGUCCCUCGACAUCCUGAGCGCGGUGGGAACCUUCAAGAUGAGGCACAUGCCGGAUGUUCCCGUCAGGAUCCGCAUUGGGCUGCACACAGGUCCGUGCGUCACAGGAGUUGUGGGCCUCACAAUGCCGCGCUAUUGUUUAUUCGGCGACACGGUGACCACCGCCUCUCGCAUGGAGUCCAGCGGACUACCCUACAGGAUCCACGUGCACCAGAACACAGUCAAAGUCCUGCGUGAGCUCAACCUGGGCUACAAGCUGGAGUUGAGGGGAAGGAUGGAAGUGAAGGGGAAAGGAACAGAAGAGACCUACUGGCUUGUCGGGAGGGACGGAUUCACCAAACCUCUUCCUGUACCCCCGGAGCUCAAAUCGGGGGUGGCCACCAGAGAGCCAAAGGACCUGAGGCAGGUGUUCUACAAGGCCGUGAGGAAGAUCUCGCACAUCCGCGUCGUCACACAACUCUACGAGGAUGACAGCGUCAUGAUGUCACAUCGCUGAGCGUGUGACCGAGGUCGGAUUCUCGGUUUCUCUGUGAACCCUGAGGACGGUCGCAGGGGUGGAAAAUCGGGAUUAGCGUCAGAUGAAUCGAGGAGAUGGAGUCUUGUCGGCGGCUAUGAAUAGAACAAGAGCGACUCAGCAAAGCGGGGAUCUGCAGACGCGCUGUCAGCGACUGAUGAAUGCAGAUUAUCCCCUCGGUUCUUCUUCACGCUCCUUUUCCUUUUAUCUGGCAAACAAGGCAGACAAGAGGGAAAAGAUUGGAUUUUAAGAUCCGUCGUAGUGUUAAAAAUGAUCUGGUUUUGUCUCUUUGAAAGGGACUAGAUGUGACUAAACACAAGCCAAGUCAGAAAACUGUGAAAAAAAAUAAUGUUGGAGUACAGCGCCUUCUAGUGGUGAAACCCGAAAAUAAACAAUUUGU